AUGACUACCAUCUUUCCGCCUUCUGGGCCUUUCCUCCCGCCAUUUCGCACCCUGCUAGUGCAAGGCCCUUACCAUCCAUCUGCACCCAUCCACCUCAUGCUCUCACAUAAUGCAAAGAGCCCCAAAGCGAAAGCCAUCAUGAUCAGUCCUUCUCGACAGCAGCUUUGUUCCUCUUUAACGGAAUUUGACGACGAGUGGCUGAGGGCCAACGGAGGAACCGGCCGAGUCUGCGACGCGUCGUCUCGGGUUGAUAUCCUGUUGGUCUUUCUCCAUUAUUCUGUUGUGGCCCCUUUCCGACAAGACAACUAG